AUGGACUUGGUUGCUGGUGUUCGUAAAGAAGGCAGCCGCGGCGGCCGCAGCGAAUUCAAAUGGUCUGAUGUCAAAGACUCCACGCAUCGCGAGAAUUACCUCGGCCACUCUGUCAUGGCCCCUGUUGGCCGGUGGCAACACGGGAAAGAUCUAAACUGGUACGCAAGGGGCGAUGAAGAUGAAGAGGACAGGGCCAAAAGAGAACGCGAUGAGAUACAGCGCGUCAAGGAAGCAGAAGAGGAAGCAAUGGCACGGGCAUUAGGUCUUCCUGUACCACCGAAGAGCACAAAUGCCAAUUUAACGCCACUUGGUGGGAAGGAGGCGACGGAGCUGAAGGAAGGGGAAUUGGAUUUGGUUCAUAUCGAGGUGGAGCGGGCCCUAUGCAGGCACGAGGUGACAGCGACAAACUAG